AGAAUUUCUGAUAUUUUGUCUAAUGGCCUUGAUAAGUUCCUGUUGCUGCUCACUUCAGGCUGGCUUUGAGCGGAUUCUGACAAUGAGCGAAAACCCCUUGGAAAUGGAAAGAUGCAAUCAACUCGAAGAACUUCAGUGGUUACAAAGAAAGCAUCAGGAUUUGAUUUCUCUGGUCGAAGAGCUUUCUUCUGUUUUCACAUUCGUUCUUCUUGUGAUUAUAGCGCGUGUCGUGUCGUGGGGCUCGAUAUUGGCAUUUACUUUGCUACGCCUUAAUUUGCAAUCGUCCUUUAUUUGGAUUCAUAUUACUAUUGGGUCUUGUGCAACGAUCUUUGAUUCGUUUGUUUUAUAUACUUUGGCAAAUACCAUGAGUCAAAUGCUUCAACAUACAAGGGUCAUAUUAGGGCAGACUUUUGGACAAGAGCUUUUGAUUCAGCGAAGUAUCGAGUUCUUUGGUCUACAUCUCUCAUAUCAGGAUACACAGGUUAAUGUCUUUGGCGUUUUUAUUAUCAAUCAUCGUCUAGUGUUUGUGAGUUUAACUGCAAUUCUAGUACAUGUCAUUUCUCUGGUUCAAUGGGACAUGGUUAAUAAGCUCUCACUCGAAGGACCUCAAAUUACGAUUCUAUAAGGAAUGCUUUUUCAUAUCACACUCCUUUAAA